AUGGCUGGAUCUGAUGCAUCCCCUCCACCUUCUCCAACCCAUCAACAUCAGGAUAAUCAAUCCAAUGGAAACUCUAGACUCAUCCUAGAUCCCUAUAUCAUUCACCCUGGUGAUAAUCCAGCGACUACCCUUUUCUCUCCACUUCUCCAGGGAGAUAACUACGGUUCAUGGGCAAGAGGAUUUACAAAGGCGUUGAACGCUAAAGGAAAAUUAGGAUUUGUUGAUGGAUCGUUGCCUCCACCUGCUGAUGAUUUAACACACAGGUGCUGGAAAAGGUGCGAUGACUUGGUAGGAAGUUGGCUGCUUAAUUGUGUACACCCAGAUAUUAGAGCAAGCUGCUUGUAUGCUGCAUCAUCUCAUGCGAUAUGGAAAGACUUACAGCAACCACGGAAGCUUGCAUAUGUGGUGCUAAAAUUUUCAAUGAUGGAGCGAUUGGAACGUGAUCAUGCAAUGGAGUUCUUGCAAGGACUUCAUGAAAGAUUCUCCAAUCUCCAUAGCCAGAUAUUAACUAUGGAACCAUUUCCUACUGCUUUGAUGAUUUUCAAUCUCAUCCAGCAGGAAGAAGAGCAGCAGAACAUCACUGCCGCACCUAUGCCAGUUGUUGAAUCUGCUCUUGCCAGUCGCUGCUGCUGCUAUAGCCAUGCUGCUUGA